AUGUUGAACCCAGAAAUUAUAUUUACCAUCCUGAUGGUAACUACUACUAUUAUCAUGGUAAUCAGUAAUAAUAACUUUGAUGAUUGCAAGUUCGUAAAUCUUCGCUUUGAUGAUCACGAAGCGAGAAACCUCAAAGUAUCCAUCUUAUCCAAUCAGGAAGUGCUUGAGACCUUGGAUUUGAAAGAAUCCGACGGACUGUUGGCUGAUUUCUCUACUCCAGUGGUUUCUUUUUCCAAUGAAACGGACAAGAACUAUGAAGCUUAUGAAUUCGAACACUCCACCAUUGCUCAAUUUGCUCCAAAUCUUGGAUACUUCACUCUUUAUCGUGAUCAACCGAAAAUGGCAGCGCUUGUCUACUCAUUUAGAAAGCCAACAGACUUCAGCUUGGAUGGCAACAUUGGCCACUACGUCCUAAGACACCUGCCAAAUUCUGUGGAUAAUUCCCGGUACAUCUAUAUCAAACUUCUGGAUGCUUAUCAAGCACUUCCAGAUGCUCCUCAUGAAGUAGGAGCAGAACUAAAAUUCGAUUUAGGAGCUGCACAUCUAGAUACCAUCAUCGUAGAAAUGGUCGUUUUGAUAGACUCUCAAGAAUCCAACACUACACCCACUGAAAUGAUUAAGAAAAUUUUGAUGUACUACAAUUACAUUGAUAUGCUCUACUGCAAUUUUGAAAGACCAAAAGUCGGCUAUAAAGUCGUGGGAAUUGUAAUUCCGAAGUUUAAAAUCGGCAAUUCUAAUAGUGAAUAUAUCACCUCUUCCGAAAUAAAAAACAUCCAAGAGUUUAUUGAACGACAAAAAAAGCGAUUUAGCUUGAAUAACUUCCAAUUAGUCACAGUUAUGACCCAGAGACUUAUUCUGCUGAGCCACAACCCCUUAAAAGUGACCCAAGCAAGUAAGUAUGAAGAAAUUUUGUUCAAGAAGCUGAAAAAUAAGUCGCUAAAAUCGACUUUUGUUUAUUUUUUAGUGACUGUCAACGAACAUAAAAUCUGUGAAACAGGCGACAAAUUGAUGAUGAUCUGGGCACUUGAUGUUGACUUUCAAGCAGGACAUGGUAUUUGGGUGUCUCAGAUGUUUUCGAAAUUCGCUCCUGAUCAUUUCGAUGAAGGUAUGAAGGUAAAAUGCCGCAACUUUACGGUUAAUGUUCAACCGGAUAACCUCAAUCUUAUGACACUGUGGCCGUCAUGUGUCAUCCGGGAAUAUUCUAAUUAUUUUAAGUAUGUAAUAAUUUAG